AUGGGAUCACGAAAAUUAUAUCUGUUGUGGAUUUUUUCAGCAGUUAUAGGAUUGGUAUCCGGACAAACAGGGACUAAUCUUAAAGACCUGUAUACCUACCUAUUUACAACGAUAGGAUACAACAAGGACAUCCGUCCGGCGACGAACCAAGGCGCGCCUACCCAGGUGUCGUUAGAUCUUCUGAUGACCGGACUAGAGGGCCUUAAUGAAGCUCAACAGCAAAUGACGUCCAUGGGAGUUAUCACUAUGAAAUGGAGGGACGAAUUUCUGACGUGGACGCCCUCAUCUUAUGGGGGAGCGACAUAUAUAGACGUGCCCCAGGGCCUUGUUUGGAAACCAGAUAUCCAAAUUCAGAAUGGUCUUACAGACUUCGCAGAACUGGGCGGGAGUUUUAUGAAUGUGCGCGUGUUUAGUACUGGUGAUGUAAUAUGGACGCCUUAUAAAGUAUUUACCACCAAAUGUUUAAUAGAAAUUAGAUCAUUUCCGUUUGACCGGCAAGAGUGUUCGAUAGUUUUUAUUGCAUGGAAUGGUGAUAUAAAUUCAAUAAAUAUAACCCAAGGAACAAACGGUAUGCAACUCGAUGACGAUUUAUUUAAUGGUCUGUGGACAUUGUCCAAUCCAACCACUGAAGUCAUAAUAGAAGAUGACGAAUCAAAGAUUAGCUUCAAAAUGACGCUAGAGAGGAAACCAAAAACAUACGUCAUCAAUAUUAUAAUUCCUAUGAUGUUUCUCCUCAUUCUUGACGUGUUUACAUUCGCUCUUCCAGUAGACAGUGGGGAGAAAAUGGGAUACUCGGUCACAGUCAUGUUAUCCAUGUCAAUCUUCAUGACCAUUGUGGCCAGUCUUUUGCCUCCUACGUCAUCAUCGACGUCAUAUGUAGAAAUAUACAUCAUUCUAGAUGUGGUAUUGGGAACAUUAAUACUAAUCAUCACAAUUUUAACAAUAAGAAUUCAUUUUUGGACCGAAGAAAAAAGAAUACCCCCAUGGGUACAGAAAUUGACGAUUCUAUCCUGGAAAAUGCAAGGUAAACCUUCGCAGAAUUCCGAAGUUCAGAACACAACCAUGGUCACAAAGUUGGACGUUGUUAGUGUUAAUGAAGUUGAAGGGGAGAAAGAAGAUGAAAAACCAACGAUGAAAAACAAGGGGACUGUCAUUCUAUGGACGGAUGUGACGUCAGCAGUCGAUUUUUACAUGUUUUGGUUAUUUUUAUUGAUUAGUUUCAUAUCAACUGCCGUUCUUCUUGGACUUGCUUCCAUUUGA